CCCGGCCAACAUGCCUGUUCGCAGGGGGCAUGUGGCACCGCAAAACACAUUUUUGGGGACCAUCAUACGGAAAUUUGAAGGGCAAAAUAAAAAAUUUAUCAUUGCAAAUGCCAGAGUGCAGAACUGUGCCAUCAUCUACUGCAAUGACGGGUUCUGUGAGAUGACUGGUUUCUCCAGGCCAGACGUCAUGCAAAAGCCGUGCACCUGCGACUUUCUUCAUGGGCCUGAGACCAAGAGACAUGAUAUCGCCCAAAUUGCCCAGGCAUUGCUGGGGUCAGAGGAGAGGAAAGUGGAAGUCACCUACUAUCACAAAAAUGGGUCUACUUUCAUUUGUAAUACCCACAUAAUUCCAGUGAAAAACCAAGAGGGUGUGGCUAUGAUGUUCAUCAUUAACUUUGAAUAUGUGACGGACGAGGACAGCACUGCCUCCCCAGAGAGGGUAAACCCAAUAUUACCAGUCAAAACUGUGAACCGGAAACUUUUUGGGUUCAAGUUCCCUGGUCUGAGAGUUCUCUCUUACAGAAAGCAGUCCUUACCACAAGAAGACCCUGAUGUUGUCGUAAUUGAUUCAUCUAAACACAGUGAUGAUUCGGUGGCCAUGAAACAUUUUAAGUCUCCUACGAAAGAAAGCUGCAGUCCUUCUGAAGCAGAUGAUACAAAAGCCUUGAUACAACCCAGCAAGUGUUCUCCCCUGGUGAACAUAUCUGGACCUCUAGACCAUUCCUCUCCUAAAAGGCAAUGGGACCGACUUUAUCCUGACAUGCUGCAAUCAAGUUCCCAGCUGACCCAUUCCAGAUCCAGGGAAAGCCUCUGUAGCAUCCGGAGGGCAUCUUCAGUCCACGACAUAGAGGGAUUCAGUGUCCACCCCAAGAACAUAUUUAGAGACCGACAUGCCAGUGAAGAUAAUGGUCGCAAUGUCAAAGGGCCUUUUAAUCAUAUCAAAUCAAGCCUCCUGGGAUCCACAUCGGAUUCAAACCUCAACAAAUACAGCACCAUUAACAAGAUUCCACAGCUCACUCUGAAUUUUUCAGAUGUCAAAACUGAAAAAAAGAGCACAUCACCUCCUUCUUCAGAUAAAACUAUUAUUGCACCCAAAGUUAAAGAGCGAACCCACAACGUGACAGAGAAAGUUACCCAGGUCCUUUCUUUGGGAGCAGAUGUCCUGCCAGAAUAUAAACUGCAGACACCACGCAUCAACAAAUUUACAAUAUUGCACUAUAGUCCCUUCAAGGCAGUCUGGGACUGGCUUAUUCUGCUUCUGGUUAUAUACACUGCAAUAUUCACGCCCUACUCUGCAGCCUUUCUCCUCAAUGACAGAGAAGAACAGAAGAGACGAGAAUGUGGCUAUUCUUGUAGUCCUUUGAAUGUAGUAGACCUGAUUGUGGAUAUUAUGUUUAUCAUAGAUAUUCUAAUAAACUUCAGAACGACAUAUGUAAAUCAGAAUGAAGAAGUGGUAAGUGACCCCGCCAAAAUAGCGAUUCACUACUUCAAAGGCUGGUUCCUGAUUGACAUGGUGGCAGCAAUCCCUUUUGACUUGCUGAUUUUUGGAUCAGGUUCUGAUGAGACAACCACAUUAAUUGGUCUUUUGAAGACUGCUCGACUCCUUCGUCUUGUGCGAGUGGCCAGGAAACUGGAUCGAUAUUCAGAAUAUGGUGCCGCGGUUCUCAUGCUCUUAAUGUGCAUAUUUGCUCUGAUUGCUCACUGGCUGGCUUGCAUUUGGUAUGCAAUUGGGAAUGUAGAAAGGCCAUAUCUGACAGACAAAAUUGGAUGGUUGGAUUCCUUAGGACAACAAAUUGGGAAACGUUACAAUGACAGUGACUCCAGUUCUGGACCAUCCAUUAAAGACAAAUACGUCACAGCACUUUAUUUUACCUUCAGCAGUUUAACCAGUGUAGGAUUUGGAAAUGUGUCUCCUAACACCAAUUCGGAGAAAAUCUUUUCAAUUUGUGUCAUGUUGAUUGGCUCACUAAUGUAUGCAAGCAUUUUUGGAAAUGUUUCUGCCAUUAUCCAAAGACUAUACUCGGGAACUGCCAGGUACCACAUGCAGAUGCUGAGAGUCAAAGAGUUCAUUCGCUUUCACCAAAUCCCCAACCCUCUGCGGCAACGACUUGAGGAAUAUUUCCAGCAUGCGUGGACUUACACUAAUGGCAUUGACAUGAACAUGGUCCUAAAGGGUUUCCCAGAAUGCUUACAAGCUGACAUUUGUCUACAUCUCAACCAAACUCUGCUGCAAAACUGCAAAGCUUUUCGAGGUGCAAGUAAAGGUUGCCUUAGAGCUCUGGCAAUGAAGUUCAAGACUACUCAUGCACCUCCAGGAGACACCCUUGUUCACUGUGGCGAUGUGCUGACAGCACUGUACUUCUUAUCCCGAGGCUCCAUCGAAAUCCUCAAAGAUGACAUUGUGGUAGCUAUUCUGGGAAAAAAUGACAUAUUUGGAGAAAUGGUUCAUCUUUAUGCCAAACCUGGCAAGUCUAACGCAGAUGUAAGAGCUCUCACAUACUGUGACCUGCAUAAGAUUCAGCGGGAAGACUUGCUGGAGGUUUUGGAUAUGUAUCCAGAGUUUUCUGAUCACUUUCUCACAAAUCUAGAGUUGACUUUCAACCUAAGGCAUGAAAGUGCAAAGUCCAUGAAUGAUUCUGAAGGAGAAAACUGUAAGCUGCGAAGGAGGAGACUGUCUUUUGAAAGUGAAGGAGACAAAGAUUUUGGCAAAGAAAACAGUACAAAUGACCCCGAAGAUUCUGCGGACACCAUAAGACAUUAUCAGAGUUCCAAGAAACACUUUGAAGAGAAAAAAAGUAGAUCAUCUUCUUUCAUCUCCUCCAUCGAUGAUGAGCAAAAGCCGCUCUUCUCAGGAACAAUAGAUUCUACUCCAAGAUUAGGGAAAGCAACCGGGCUUCAUUUUGAAGAAACAAUGCCCACCUCAGGAAGAAUGCACACAGAUAAAAGGAGUCACUCUUGCAGAGAUAUCACUGAUAUGCAGAGUUGGGAAGGAGAGCACACCAGGGCUCAGCCUGAAGAGUGCAGUCCCCCAGCGCUUCAGCGAGCCACCUGGGGGACCUCUGAGACCGAGAGCGACUUCACCUAUGGAGAGGUGGAGCAAAGAUUGGAUUUGCUUCAAGAGCAGCUUAACAGACUCGAAUCCCAAAUGACAGCAGACAUCCAGACCAUCCUUCAGCUGCUGCAGAAACAAAGCACUGUGGUCCCCCCAGCCUACAGCAUGGUAACUGCAGGAGCGGAGUAUCAGAGACCCGUCCUCCGUCUGAUGAGAACCAGUCAUCCCACAGCAUCCAUUAAGACAGACCGGAGUUUCAGCCCCUCCUCACAAUGUCCUGAAUUUCUAGACCUUGAAAAAUCUAAACUUAAAUCCAAAGAAUCCCUCUCAAGUGGGGUGCAUCUGAACACAGCUUCAGAAGACAACUUGACUUCACUUUUAAAACAAGACAGUGAUGUCUCUUUAGAGCUUCACCUGCGACAAAGAAAAACUUACUUUCAUCCAAUUAGGCAUCCUUCCUUGCCAGAUUCUUCCCUAAGCACCGUAGGAAUCUUGAGUCUUCAUAGGCAUGUUUCUGAUCCUGGUCUUCCAGGGAAAUAAUUAUUUUGUACUAUUUAUUCCACAUACAAUGUAAGUGCUUUUAAUGGCUGUUUUCCUUUUUGUAUUUAAAUUCUCUCUACUCGACUCAGGGGCUCACAAGUUACCAUUAUAUGCAAAAGUACUGUAUAUUUUCCUAAAUUGAAGCUUGUAAGGUAAAACUGAGCAGUUAGGAUGUAAAUAUACAUAGGAAUUUUUGGUUCCAAAUGUUAAAACUGCCAGCAUCUCUAGGCACCUUAUUUUUUGUUUUUUAUUUUCUAAUCAUAUGCAUGUCAGGAAGCUCCAAUUUCUCUUGCAUGGAGAGUCCUAUUCAUUGCUUUUAUUGAACAGGUACAUUGCUAUGAAGAUGCCUUCCAAGCAAAUAGGAACCAAGGGAUAAAACUAUUCAUAGAUGCAACUCAAAUGAUCCUCAGUUUGUGGAAGUCCAACAGGGAUGAAGGGAACUUACUCGUGAGAACAGAUACUCUUCUGUGUUGAAAUCUUUAUAGUCAGUUACAUUCAUUUCCCCACACUGAGAAAAAUGCAGAGUCUCAGAUUUAUCUCAGACAGUAAAGGAAACCAUCUCCAAACAUACUGAAGGGAAAUACAAGUUGCCUUUAGUCCUUAAAAUCUGUACAAGGAAAAUCUCUUCAUGACAAGACCAAGUGAAAUACAAUCUGUUGGUUAAUGAGGGCAGUGCACCUCACAGGAGAGAAACCUCAGUUCCGAAGUAACCCAAGGCGGUGGCUUGGUAUCUCAGCUUAUGUAAGACUUUCAACAAAGAGCAAUACAUUUUAGAAAAGUGACAGGACAAAGAACAAAGCAGUCCAGGCUUCCAAAUGUGGGAAAACUGUGGGAAGGCAUAAGGUCUGCUCCCAGAUUUCUCUAGGCCUGCAGUGUCUCAUCUGAAAAGCAAUCUGUUCCUAAGGAGAAUUUACAUCCUGUCUUUAGGCAGGAAAGUGGGAGGAAUAUAGAAAGACCUAUUGUCUUUGUGAAUCUUUGUCCUGCUUUUAGGCAAACAGACUGAGAAGGCUGGAAGCUUCACUGCAAUUUUAUUGUUCUCAGCUAAACAAUCCUUCACGUAUUGGGGAGAGAUCCUUUGGUUUCCUUCAACAUGAAUACAGACCACCAUUAACAAAAGUAAAAAAUGUCAUUUAAAUCUUGUCUCUAAUUGUGCUCACAGCCCAUCUAAAAAUUUUUAGACAGGCACAUUUCCUCAAAGGCUAAAACACAAUAUUCUCUAAUUUUGUUUUUUUGUGUGUGAGGGGAGCGCUCUUAAACAAUUACUAAAAUGUAACAUGCACAUACUGAUAUCCAUAGCUUCCUUUCUCUCCAUAUUUUAGAGCAAACUUGAAUUUGAUUAAAAUAGAGACAAAUAAAGUUUUCAAUGAAUGUGUAAUUUCAGUGGAUUUGCAUGGCAAACCAUCUUUCAUUAAGUAUAUGCUGUACUCCAGCUGUCUAAUUCCAGGUGUGGGAAGGCAAUAUGUAUUUACCAGCCCAGACAGAAAACGAACACACCAGGAGUAAAAUUGCAACUUUGUUUGGUUAUCCAGAUACUUUUACUGAUUGAAAAUCAAAUCAAAUUCUAUUAUAUAUGGACAAGACUGGAUAUAUAUUGGCUCUAGAAUAUUAGAAUACAUUUAAAUAUCUUCAACUAUUUGGUUUGGGGGGAAAAAUAAGUGUACAGAAAGACAUGAAAGGUUAACAAUUCUGAUGUCAUGUUCUACUUAAGAAAUUUUAUUUUCAAGUCUAAUUUUUAAAUUAUUACAGAUUUAUUAUAUCAUUUCUGAACAAAAUUUUUGAAUGUCAUUGUCAUUGAAAGUUUCUUGAUUCUUUACUAAUUCUCUCAUCUAUAGCUUUAAUGAAAUAUUAUACCUCCACAUUAUCAUAUAGGUUAAUUUCCAUCUCUACAUGAUAAAAAUACAAUCUAUUGAUUUAACGCUAUCAAUGACAGUAAUGUGUUAAUCACCAUCAAAUACAAGCAAUUUAUUUAAAUUUAUAAAAAACAAAAACAAUUGCACUAUUUAAAAUGUAAUUAAAGUGACCUUAAAUUGCUCUUAGUGUAUUUUUAAAUAGUCAAAGAAAUUGUUAACCUACAUAGGAGGUUAGGGGCUGAGGAUAUAGUUCAGUGGCACAAGCACCUGCCUGGCAAGCACAAGGCCCUGAGUUCGAUUUCUGGUACAAUAAAACCUACAUAGGAGGUAAUCAGUAGGCAUGAGCAUGUUCUCAUCUCUAAUUUUUCUUAAAAAGUCAUCAAAUAUGGAGAAUAAAAUGGUCAGUUCAGUGAAGCUAUAAUAAUUAAAACUGACUUCCCUAACCAUUUGGCAUUAUGCAUAUAUCCACUGAAGAAGUAACAACCACUUGCAGUCCUUCGUUCAACCACAGAUGUUAGAAGUGCAGAGAGUCACAUAAAUGGCUAACUUUAAAUCUGAGGUCCAUUGAAGAAUUUUAUUUCCAUAUCAGAGCACAUUUUUGCAGCUGCAACAAAUUUCAUAAGGAUUGUCUGCCCGAGCUCCACGCACAUUCAGAAUGAAUUCACCAGAGACUGUCCAUUUGUAAGGAGAGAGAAUUUGGCAGGUGAGGAAUUAAGAUCUGAUUGUUUGAUUAAUGAAUGCUUCAGCUGCAACAUUUGGUAUGACAUGCAUAAAAUUCAGCCUUCUACAUAAAGCCAUUCUUUCUAAAAACAGCAUGCAGAAAGGGAAAGAUGUGGAACAGUAUAUAAGCAUCCAACUCAGUUAAAUUCUAGCAGAGCACAAACCUUUUGUUAUUGUUGUUCCUUGACAUAAAAUGAUUGCUUGAUAUUAAAAUCUUAAGUCUCAGAUUAGGAAGGUCCUUUCCUGCUGAAUAUGAGCUUUAAAAGAUCCUGAGCAAGAUAGAUACGGUUAAUCUGGCAUAAACGUCAGAAGAUUCAAUAAUUACACUGAUUUGUAGAUGACCAAAGCAAUUAUCUUGUUGCAUAAAAUACAUCCCCUUGCCCAGCCAAAACUCUAAUGACUAAAACCACCAUCACCCUUUCCAGCAGGUAAAGAAAGCAGUCAGACACCUCCAUCUUGGGACCCUGCUGAAGGCCAGAUCUCACUGUUGCAGCCACUCAAAGUAAGAGCAUAGCAACUACUUUCCUUCAAGGUCAUCAUCAGCACUAGUGUAACCCCUUUGCUUUCCACCUAAAAAUAGUGUUGUCUGGUCCCCUGCCCUAAAUCAAAUGCCAUCUAAAACUUAAAAUUUGUGCAGUUUGGAGGCUUUCCUGCUGCUAUUAAUUGCCAAACAGAGAGCUGAGAUUUAGACUGAUUAUGGUACCCAGGGGUGGUCCUAUACUUUAGUUGAUAAGAAAAUGAAGAAUGAGAAAACGCUGAAGGAGUGUUUCACAGGGGUUUUCAUUUAAUAAUCACUAAUUCAACAAAUGUAGGAGAGGAGGAGGUGGCAGACUUGACUCUGCAUAAUGUGUUAAGUCCAUUUUAAUGUGUUGGUCUUUAGAGCUAAACUUUCCUACUCUUACUGUCAGGACAUAUGGAAACUAAGUCAGGUUGUAGUAUAAUUAGGAGUCAGAGUUUUUAUUUAAUUUGAUUUGAUUUACUUAUUAUUUUCUGUAGUUUUGCUUUAGGCAUGGGCUCUAUACCUGCACUACAUGCCUAGGAAGAAUCAGGCUUCGUACGUGUGUGUAUCAGAUUUGCUUACAAGGUUCUCAUGAAGGUUGAUCUUCAGCAAUUGUUUCAAAACUCCUAGAAGAAAAGCGUUCUUGCACAAAUGUCAUUUUAAAAACCCCAUCGAACAGUACUAGCUCAAGGUAAAAUGCAUCUCAUUAGCAUAUUUGAAAUAAUAAAUAUUACUAACAAUAGUA